AGAAAACAUUUGGACACAUUUAUUCACCAUUGUUUAUUUUACGAAUUUGUAAAUAACAAUGGUGAUGGAAGAACAAGAAUCUGAUAUGGAAUUAGACUCAGAAAGGGUUCCUGUACCACAAGUGCAAAAAGCAGUACAAGAAUCACAUUUAGAGACAGUUAAUAAUAUAACAAACAUUUCACGAAGCAAACCCAGACUUAGAAAAAAGGCUUUACAUGCUGCUAUACUUAAACAAAUGGAAUUUUACUUCAGUGAUGCAAAUCUAAACAAAGACAGGUUCUUAAGUAAUUUGCUUAAGGAAGAUCCAUAUGUUGAUCUUAAUGUUUUUACAAGUUUUAAUAAAAUAAAGGACCUAACUACUGAUGUAAACAGAAUAGCUAAAGCUCUAGAGGCAUCUACAAUGUUAUCAUUAUCUGAAGAUGGAUUGAAGGUUCGUCGUAUAACACGAAUGGUACCAAAAGAAAAUAUAGAAGACUGUACAGUUUAUGUUCAAAAUUUGCCUCCAGAUACAGAUCAUGAGACAUUGAGUUCAAUAUUCUCUGAAUAUAGUCAGGUUGUAUAUAUUUCCAUUCCACGAUUUCAAAACAAUAAAAAACUAAAAGGUUUUGGAUUUGUAGAAUUUGCUACACCUGAAGGUGCUAAAAAGUGUCUAAAGGCAUUCCAGAAAAAAGGCUGUGUUUUACCUUCAUAUACAGCUCCUGAUGAACUGUUAAGUAUUGCUACAUUUAAUGAUGCAGAGAAAGAUAUAACAUUAAAAGGGAAACAAGUAAUAGCAAAUGAAGAGAACAACUAUAAUGAAGAUACUGCUGGGUAUGAAGACUCAGAAAAUGUUGAAAUUAAUAAAAAUAAUGAAAAGAACGAGGAAUAUGUAAAUACUGAUAAUACUUCAGAAAAUCAUGAGAAUAAAAAUAAAAAGAAAAUAAAGAAGAGAAAGCAUAAAGAUACAGAAUCUUCAGAAACUGGUGAAAUGGAAAAACCAAUGGAUAGUGAAUUAAUAAAAAAUAAAAAGCAAAAGUUUAAACACUCUGAUGAUGUAUAUAAUGCGGGAGCAAACUCAAGUGAUGAAAAACAAACUGAUAUUUCCUUAGAAAGUGCAUCAAAGAAAUCAAAUAAAUGUAAAAAAAGUGUAUCUAUAAAUGAGGAACAAGUAGCAAAAGACUAUGACAAAAAUGACCAAAUGGUAACUGAUAAUAGUGCAAUACUAACUACUGAAGAACAAGAAAAUACCAAUGAAAAGAAGAAGAAAAGGAAAAACCGGAAGAAGCGAAGUAAAAUGGAGGAUUUCAGUUACUGCAUGGGGCUUCAAGUGAUGGCUAAAAAAGACUGGAAAUAUCUUAGAAAUAAAUACUUGGAAUUACAGAGAAGUAAAAUGAAGCAACUUAAACAACAUUUGAGGAAAACAAGAUGGAAUCAGUGGUCAAAUUACGAGAAAAAUAAACCAGAAAAAGAAGAAAACGACGAGAAGGAUAAUCCGACUACGUGUCGCUUUUCAUUUACUCCAGGAGUUAUAGUUAAAAUUGAAAUGGAUAAACCAUGUACAGAUCCAAAAGGUUUUAAGAUUGAAUUAAAAGCCAAUAGUUUUGUAAAAUAUAUAGAUGUUGAAGAUGGUUCGUGCCUUGCGUAUAUAAGAUGUGACACAAACGAAAAUGCACAAACGUUUACGCAAAAACCCAAUGAAGAAAGGCACAUGACAAUAUUAGAAGGUGAAGAAGAAAAAAUGUAUUGGAAUAAAAUCUUACAUGAUAGAGAGGAAAAAUUAAGUAAAAGGGUUAAAGUAAAACAAAGGGGGAGGAAUAAAUUGCUAAAAAAAGCAGAAAAGGAACUCGGGAAGCAUAUUAAAUUUGAUGAAGUGUAA